AGCGUCCUCACCAUACUCAGCUUCAGCCUCAGGUAUGUAACUCUUACCUCUCUUCUAUUCUUUUCUCUGCCGAUUCAAAUCAAGAGAUUCGAUCAAAGCACUGUUUCUUUUCAUCGAAAUGAACUCAAACACGCAUAAAAAAUUAGAGAUAUUGUUCCAAUGCUUGUUUAUAGAUUGGCACGAGUUUUUGAUCGAUCGUAAAAUGAGUUCUCGCUCCGGAUGAAUCUGUUUAUCUGUUAUCUUCAUCUUCGCGAACUUAAAUCGUUAAGAUUUUGCAAUAUUGCAUCGCAAUCAUGUUUCUGAUCUCGAUUUUGUGAAAUUCAUGGUCCAGAUGGAUGUUUGUUUCUAAUUUUUGAUCUGUUUUUUAGGUUUUGGUUGUGGAUAGGACUCGUUAGAUCUAACAUUUUAACUUGAAAACUCUCAGUGUAUGCAGUUGUUUAGAAUGUGAUGAGAUUAAGCAUUUGGUAGAGUUUUGAAAACGAAAUUGUUGAAAAUGUCGGUUACAGGACUAUAGGAUUUCUUCUUUUUUUUUUUCCUCUUUUUUUGCAGUGUUUUCUGCCAGAUUUAAGAUGGAAAGUGAAGGGACUGAAGUUUCUAGAAAACGCAUGAAACCCGCUGUGGAAGAGGAGCGAGGGAGCGUAAGGGAUGAAGCUGCUUUACAGAUUGCGGAGAAAGAAGAAACUGAGAUAGGCGUGAUGGGAUCUGAAGAGAUGGAACUCAAUAUCACUCACAUUUUUGAAAGAAUUGAGCGCUUUACUAAUCUGGUAUCUGAGCUUCUUGAAUCAGGGAGGACGAUGUUCAAAGAACUGAGUAAUGAAUUUGAAGAGCGGCUGAUUGCAAUACAUAAGGAGGAGAUGGAGAAGUGGCAGGAGGAGAUCAAAGAACUGCGGCUGCUUGAUGCCUCAAAUGAGGAGGCUGUUGCCAUUCUCCAAAAUGCUCGUUACUUAUUUCAGAAUUCUCACCUUGACUCUUAAAGGGAUUUGCUUUGUCACUGCUGCAUGUCAUCAAUGGGAAAGAUGCAGAAUGGGCGAUUCAAACUUUUAUGCAUUCAACCAUAUAAUGCAUAAAAAGAUAUAUACUGCGGUUUGUAUAUUGAUUCAGGAAUGCAAAGUAUGCAAUCUGAGGUUGUUGCAAACUAAGAAUAUUAAGGAUUUGAUGAUGAAAUCUCAUUGAAAU